CACCCGGCCAGGCCCGCGGGCAUCUGCUGCGCGUCCCGCUCCGCGCUCAGCGUCCCCAUUGCAGUCGGCACUGCCUCGAUGUUCCAGCUGCCCAUCUUGAAUUUCAGUCCCCAGCAAGUGGCCGGGGUAUGCGAGACUCUGGAGGAGAGCGGCGACGUUGAGCGCCUGGGUCGCUUCCUCUGGUCGCUGCCCGUGGCCCCUGCGGCCUGCGAGGCCCUCAACAAGAAUGAAUCGGUGCUGCGCGCGCGAGCCAUCGUGGCCUUUCAUGGUGGCAACUACCGCGAGCUCUACCAUAUUCUGGAAAACCACAAGUUCACCAAGGAGUCGCAUGCCAAGCUGCAGGCGCUGUGGCUAGAAGCGCAUUACCAGGAGGCCGAGAAGCUGCGUGGACGGCCCCUGGGGCCGGUGGACAAGUACCGUGUGAGAAAGAAGUUCCCGCUGCCGCGCACAAUUUGGGACGGCGAACAGAAGACACACUGUUUCAAGGAGCGCACGCGGCAUCUGCUACGAGAAUGGUACCUGCAGGACCCAUACCCCAACCCCAGCAAAAAGCGUGAGCUCGCCCAGGCAACCGGACUGACCCCUACACAGGUGGGCAACUGGUUCAAAAACCGCCGACAAAGGGACCGGGCGGCUGCGGCCAAGAACAGACUCCAGCAGCAGGUCCUGUCGCAGGGGUCCGGGCGGGCUCUAAGGGCUGAGGAAGAGGGCACGCCCGAGGUGCUGGGCGCCGCCGCCAGCCCGGCCGCCAGCCUAUCCAGCAAGGCAGCCACUUCGGCCAUCUCCAUUACGUCUAGCGACAGCGAGUGCGACAUCUGA